AUGGAUCGGUUGAACAGAAUGCUGGCGGGCGCCGGCGGCAUGGGUGGUCUUGGCGCUGCUCCAGGCUCCGACAACUCGAAUCUCAUCGACAACUCCGAGACCGUCUACAUCUCCUCGCUCGCCCUGUUAAAGAUGUUGCGCCACGGCCGCGCAGGUGUUCCCAUGGAGGUCAUGGGUCUGAUGCUGGGAGAGUUCGUUGACGACUUCACCGUCCGCGUGGUAGACGUCUUCGCCAUGCCCCAGAGCGGUACAGGUGUCAGUGUCGAGGCUGUCGACCCCGUAUUCCAGCAGAAGAUGAUGGACAUGUUAACACAAACGGGACGGCCCGAGUCCGUCGUCGGCUGGUACCACUCGCAUCCCGGUUUCGGCUGCUGGCUUUCGUCGGUCGAUAUCAACACCCAGCAGUCCUUCGAGCAGCUGACCCCCCGCGCCGUCGCCGUUGUCGUCGACCCCAUCCAGUCCGUCAAGGGCAAGGUCGUCAUUGACGCCUUCCGUCUCAUCAACCCCCAGUCUCUGAUGCUCGGCCAGGAGCCGCGACAGAGCACCUCCAACUUGGGCCACCUCAACAAGCCCUCCAUCCAGGCCUUGAUCCACGGCCUGAACCGACACUACUACUCGAUCGGCAUCAACUACCGAAAGACGGCCCUGGAGGAGAACAUGCUGAUGAACCUGCACAAGCACGUCUGGACCGAGGCCCUGCAGAUGGAGGACUUCAGACACGAGGGCGAGCACAACAAGGAGCGCUUCCAGCAACUGGUCACCCUGGCCGAUGGCUACGAGAAGAGGGUGAGGGAGGAGACUGAGCUGACUAAGGACCAGCUCAAGACCCGCUAUGUUGGCAAGCUCGACCCCAAGAAGCAUCUGGAGGAUGUCGGCCAGCAGCUCAUCGAGGACAACAUCGUCUCGGUGUCGAGGCAAAUGAUCGACAAGGAGGCCACCAUGCCCAAGAAGGACGGCGCCGCGAACGGUCAAGCAAACGGCGACCACAUGGAUGUGGAGGAGUAG